GCACUUUGUUGCACUUAAAACAAAAGAGCAGAAAGCACAGCUGAUAAGGACGGACUUUAUCACUCCACUUUAUUCGUUUCGUCUUUCUUCCUUCAAGGCCUAAAGAUACAUUUAUUUCAUUUUCAAGUGCAAAAAAAUGAAUUUUAUAAAAAAUGGCAGAUCUUUUCAUAUACAAUAACUUAACCUAAUAUAACGAUUAAGCUGCAAUUAAGUUCAGUACAGUGCGUUUAUAUACACAUAGAUAUAUAAAUAUAAAAUAGAAAGACAAAAAAUUAAUUUGGUUAAUUAAAUCUUCGUCUUUUAAUUUUCUGUAUCUAGUUGAUAUAAAAAUUAUUAAUAAUAACAAAAAGAGUUACUUAUAAACAAUUAAAUAUAAACAUAAAUAAUUAAAAGAUGAAUGCGAUACCUCCUGUUAAACCACCACGUGGAAUUAAACCAACAAAAGAAACGAGUGGUCUGUUGAUUUCUGUGAUUCGUGCUUUAUCAGCAAGUGAAACAAAUGAGCAACGAGAAAUUGAGAAGGCCAAAUUAGAAAAAGAAUACAAACGUAGCGAUCAACGUUUGGAGGAAUUAGUUUCAUCACACGAUCAAGAUCUUAUGGAAGUUAUGCGAAUAUUCAGUGCAUUGUCUGAGAAGGUCACAUCAUUGCGAGAAAAGAUUCAUGCUGUGAAGGAGAAUUUAAAUGCCUGCAAGCAAUUGCUGAGAUGUAAGCGAGAGGAAUUAUUGAAUUUGUGGCUAGAAGGAAUAGAACACAAACAAGUUUUGCAUCUUUUAAAGGAUGUGUCGUCGGAUUCAUGUGGACGUAUAAUAUUAGAGCCUGAGUCAUUACAAUCAUCCAAUACAUUGCAUGAUCCCUUAGCGGAUCAAUAAAACUUUUGUAAUGCUCUGUAUGUAUUAUUAUAUUUAAUAAUUCAAAAAUUAUAGAUUUAA